AUAUGCUGCAACAGCGACCCCCUGUGCCUGUUACGAGGAAAUGACGGACAAGUUUGAAUCUGUCCCCUGAGGCUUGCUUUUGCGCGUGCGCAGCCAGUGCAACAAGAUGGCGGAGAGUGCGGAACUGAAGCAAAUGGUAAUGAGUCUUCGAGUUUCGGAGCUCCAGGUGUUGUUGGGAUAUGCAGGGCGAAAUAAGCAUGGACGCAAACAUGAACUUUUGACCAAAGCUCUUCAUCUACUCAAGGCUGGCUGCAGUCCUGCAGUGCAGAUGAAAAUAAAAGAGCUGUACAGACGGCGUUUCCCAACUAAAAUGGUUUCACCAGUGGACUUGGCUUUGCCUGGGGUUCAUGCUGCCUCUAGCCUGCCUGCAGGCCUCGCCCAGCUGGGUUUUGAUGCCCAUGGUUCUCCAUCGCCUCUCCUACCUGUCUCUUUGCUUGGGCCUAAACAUGAGCUGGGCCUGCCUCAUCUCCCCUCAGCCCUGCAUCCAGUACACCCUGAUGUCAAACUCCAGAGACUGCCAUUCUAUGACGUGCUUGACGAGCUCAUCAAGCCAACCAGCCUAGCCUCAGACAACAGUCAGCGGUUCCAGGAGUCAUGUUAUGCCUUUGCGUUAACGCCACAGCAAGUUCAGCAGAUAAGCAGCUCCAUGGACAUCUCCGGGACCAAGUGUGAUUUUGCAGUUCAAGUACAGUUAAGAUUUUGUUUAUCAGAGACCAGCUGUCCGCAGGAGGAUCAUUUCCCCCCUAAUCUGUGUGUAAAAGUGAAUGGAAAACCCUGUAAUCUUCCAGGAUACCUUCCUCCUACCAAAAAUGGAGUUGAACCAAAAAGGCCCAGUCGUCCCAUUAACAUUACUUCUCUGGUUCGACUUUCAACCACAGUUCCUAACACAAUUGUAGUGUCAUGGACUUCAGAAAUCGGCCGGAGCUUUUCCAUGGCAGUUUAUCUGGUAAAACAGCAGUCUUCUGCAGUUUUAUUGCAAAGACUACGAGCCAAAGGAAUUAGGAACCCUGACCAUUCGAGAGCUCUAAUAAAGGAGAAGCUGACAGCUGAUCCAGAGAGUGAGAUCGCCACCACCAGUCUACGAGUGUCUCUCCUUUGUCCUCUGGGGAAAAUGAGGCUGACGAUCCCCUGCAGAUCGAUAACGUGUUCACACCUCCAGUGCUUUGAUGCUACACUUUAUAUCCAAAUGAAUGAGAAGAAACCGACCUGGGUCUGUCCAGUCUGUGACAAGAAGGCGCCAUAUGAACACCUCAUUAUUGAUGGAUUGUUUAUGGAGAUCUUAAAUAGCUGCUCAGACUGUGAUGAAAUCCAGUUCAAAGAAGAUGGAAGCUGGGCCCCAAUGAGGUCAAAGAAAGAGGUGCAGGAGGUAUCAGCAUCAUACAAUGGUAUAGCCAGGGAUUUGUCUCAAACUGACGCUCAUGAGCAAAAACGAGGCUCAUCCAAUGACGGCAGCAAGAAAAUUGAUGUGAUUGACCUGACACUGGACAGCUCCUCAGAGGAUGAACCGGAGGAUGAGCCACCACCCAAAAGGGCCUGUCCUCCGCUAUCACCUGUCUCUCCACCUGCAAACAAGGGAGUACUGAACCUACACAGUCAGUCUUCUCCUGUGACAAGAGCUCCCAGCAUGCCCCCUGUGGAGACAAGCUACAUUCCUCCUCCUCCACCGCUUAUCCAGGACUACCGCCACUAUUACCACACAACUAGUGACCUGCCAGAUCUCAAUUUCUUCUCCUUUCUACAAGGCGAUGCCCAGCAUUACAACAUGGUGAUGGCUGCCGCAGCAACUGCCUCAGCGUCUGAGGACCAUGAGCUCCUCCUCAACCGUUUCCUGCCCUACAGCUCUUCACAGAUGUUGCGGGAGCAGCCGGGCACCCCCGGCAGCAGCACACUGGCAGCUGCCAAUGGAGGCAGCAACAGCGGUAGCACAAGCAGUUUGGUUUCUUCCAGCAGUCUCCGUGACCGGGAAAAAGAGCGAGAGCGGGACAGAGAUAGGGACAGCCACGUCAUCUCAGGUCUGUCGAGGUCAUCGAUGGAGGCCGCAGCGGCGGCGGCAGCCAUUUAUGGCUCCAUAUCUGACGUUAUCUCUCUGGACUAGAGCCACACAAAACUGAAAGACACGGCGGACCUAAAGGAGAGGAGUUCAUUGUAAAUACAGAAGAGGAAGACAAAAGAAUACAGUCCUAUGUACAGAGAGGAAAAUCUAUUUUCAAUUUUACUUAUCAUAUGUAUAUAAACUUAGGACGCUUCUUGUCCAGUGAGUUACUUCAGUUGAUAUUUUUGUGUGAAUACUGAAGACUUUUUCACACCUCUUCAUGUGGUCCUUUGAUUAUAUUGUAUCUUUUGUACCUGGUUUUUACAGUUUUGUUUCAAUAUUCCAUGUCAAUGGCAUUAUUUCAGUAUGUUACAUGCACAGAACCCAGUAAGGUAACACUUUAUGGGUUGUCAUAUUGGAAUAAAAAGAAGAAAGGGCAUUUUAAAAUAGAAGAGGCAAUUCACAGCGAAACAAGAGCUUUUCUGUCAAAAAAGAAAAAUUGACAGCAGAAAGAUCUGUUCAUUUAUGCCAUCACUGUAGAUUUUUUUAUGUUAGACAUUCAUGCUGUGGUCAUAAUAUUUUUAAGAAAUUAUUUAUAAUAUAAGUUAUGUUGGAUGUAUGCUGUUAUAAAGAAGCAUUCCUUAUGCCUCAAAACUGUUGCCACUAGAAUAGCGAGAGCAGAUGCUACAUCCUUCUGUUGUCAUAUGUCUUUAAUCUUUUCCUCAUGUCUGGAACUCAGGUCAGACAUGUGAGUUUUAUUAAUAGAGUCGAGACUCUACCUAACAAACACACACAUAUUUUGGGAGCAUGUUGGCAUUGUACGACCGGGCUUAUUACCGUGUGAAAGAAUGAAUGACGAAUCGAGUAAGCAGCCUUCUCUGGUCAUGUGACACAAUUGGAACAUUUAUCACAUCUGAGAAUUGCAGUAUUGUGUAUUUGUUUUAAAGUACGACUGUUUAUCAUUUAUUUCUAUAACACACAGGAAACUACAGUGCAGUGGCUCGUGAACAUUUAACACAUUUGUGAUUUACUUUUAAUUUUUUUUUUUUUUUAGACGAGGCCUUUUUCUAGGUCUGUUUGAAGUAUUUAUUUAACUGAAAGGCUUAAUAAGUGUUGAUUGCAAGUGGGUGAAUGACAUUUCUUUUUUUUUCUUUUAUGAUUGAAGCACUUGCAUUCUCAUCAUUAGGACGUGUGGUGGUGUGAAGCAUUCACAGCAAACACGUGAGUAGUUUUUAACUUUGCAUGUCAGCAAGUUACCCUGAGAGCUCACCUCUUGUGUCCACAGGAUGCUUAGGCCCAAUUAUUGUUGUUAAAUGUAUUUGCAGCAGCCUUUAAGAUUAACUGUGAUCGCUUAGUCUUUGGGUAUAGCACAACAGUUGUUUUGGCCUGGAAGUUUUAAAAUUAUUAAGUUGAUCAUAUACACAUCUCCACCCUUUAUUUUUCUGUACCUGUGCUUACAGUUAGACUUAUUUAUUAUCAUAUAUUUCCAGCAUUUGUUUGAUUUGUGGCUAAUGCAUUGCUGUCAUUGUAUGUGAUAUUUCUUUUGUAAUUAUAUAAUUAAUGCUAUUUAAAAAAAUGUCAUUGUUGCUUGACAUACAAUGUAACAUUUUUUGUUUGUUUUAUUAUCAGAUGAUGUCAAUAACUCAUUAGAGGCUUUGGUCAUUUUGAAACGCUACAAGGUCUACUGUGCUGUUUGAUAUUUGUACGAAUUAAACCCAUUUAGAAAGUG